AUGCAAGAAAAUGUUCUCAAAACAGAGGAUGAGAACGAAGGAGACAAGAAGAAGAAGGACAAAAAGAAGAARAAAGGAGAGAAGGAGGAGAAGAAGAAGGGUCCCAGCAAGGCCACAGUGAAGGCCAUGCAGGAGGCGCUGGCCAAGAUGAAGGAGGAGGAGGAGCGGGCACGACGGGAGGAGGAGGAGCGGCUCARGAGGCUGGAGGAGCUUGAGAAGCAGAGGCAGGAGCAGGAGCGGCUGGAGCAGGAGCGCAGGGAGAAGAAGAAGCAGAAGGAGAAGGAGAGGAAGGAGCGACUGAAGAAGGAGGGCAAGCUGUUGACCAAGGCCCAGAGGGAGGCGCGGGCAAGAGCCGAGGCCACACUCAAGCUGCUGCAGGCGCAGGGCGUUGAGGUGCCAUCCAAAGACAGCGUGCCAAAGAAGAAACCAAUUUAUGGAGACAAGAGGAAGAAGAAACACACCGUCCAAUCACCUGAAGAAACAUCGGAGGUCACGUCGCCGGUCUCGGAGACCCCGGAGCCCGUUCCCAUGGAGACGGAGAGCGGUCCGCCGGCUGCAGAGCCAGAGGCGAAGGCGGACGCUGACCUGGACGACUGGGAGGCCAUGGCCAGCGACGAGGAGAAAGAGAGGAAGAGAAGACGAGCAGCAGAGCUGAAGAAAGUUCACAUCGAGGUCAAAGAGGAGACGCCGGCUCCUCGUCAGCCGGCUGCCAGCGAGGAGGAGGAGGAAGAAGAGGAAGACGAGGACGACGACGACGACGACGAGGAUGAAGAGGAGGAGGAGGAAAGCGAGGAAGAAGCUGAGGCGGAGAAAGAGAGCGCGCCAGUGAGUCACGGGAAGAGGAGAGCGGUGAGCGAAGACGAGAGCAGCGAGAGCGACGAUGAUGACGGCAGGACGAAGGAGGAGCGGCUGUACGACCGAGCCAGGAAGAGGAUAGAGAAACGACGAGCGGAGAACCUGAAGAACACGGACCCGGACUGGCUCCGAGCGCCGGUGGUGUGUGUGCUGGGACACGUGGACACGGGGAAGACAAAGAUCCUGGACAAGCUGCGUCACACACAYGUCCAGGACGGCGAGGCCGGAGGAAUCACCCAGCAGAUCGGAGCCACCAACGUCCCCAAGGAGACCAUUGAGGAGCAGACCAAGAUGGUUAAAAAUGUACGACCUCUCACUCUAUGCUGGAUUCAGUGGUGGUUUGCAGCUUGUAUCAUCAUCAUCGUCGUCAUGAUGGCGGUGUGUGUGUGUGUCCAGGUAAAAGCGCUGCCCGGCAUGGGAACCACCAUCGACGUCAUCCUGAUCAACGGCUGCCUGCGGGAGGGAGAGACCAUCAUCGUCCCCGGGGUGGAGGGGCCCAUCGUCACUCAGAUCAGGGGCCUGCUGCUUCCGCCGCCGCUCAAGGAGCUGAGGGUCAAGAGUCAGUAUGAGAAGCACAAGGAAGUGUCGACGUCUCAGGGAGUGAAGAUUUUAGGUAAAGACCUGGAGAAGACGCUGGCAGGGCUCCCCCUGCUGGUGGCCCACAAGGACGACGAGAUCCCUGUCUUGAAGGAUGAGCUGGUGAAGGAGCUGAAGCAGACGCUGAACUCCAUCAAGCUGGAGGAGAAGGGCGUGUACGUCCAGGCGUCCACGCUGGGCUCCCUGGAGGCGCUGCUGGAAUUCCUCCGGACCUCCAAGGUCCCGGUUCYGCCCCCUUUCCCAGCAGCCUGGACCUCCGGACGGAGGCGGCGAGCGGCUCUGACUCUGACACGCUGA